GAUAAUUUUUUGACUGUAAAUGAAAAACCAGAAGAUUUCCUUGUUAUAAAUGAAGAGAAUAAAGAGCAAGAACAUUUUACAGAUAAAGCAUCAAAUGAUUUUAUAAAUAAAGAAGCCAUGGAUUCUGAAUUGAAAUAG